GGUUUCCGCCGCCGCCGCCGCCGCCGGGGGAGGUGUCGAGUAUGUGAGGCGACGUCGGCGACGGAUCCGCGGGCCAAGCCGGUUCAGGCGAGAAGGGGGCCGAGCCGGGGAAGACUGGGCUGCCUGUCUGAUUCCACAAGGCAGCAAAAUGUCAACACCACCUCUAGCAGGAGCAGGAAUGCCUCCUGGUGCCUUUUCUGGACCUCAGGCUCAAGCUGCACGGGAAGUGAACACAGCUUCUUUAUGCCGCAUUGGUCAAGAGACUGUGCAGGAUAUUGUAUUUCGCACCAUGGAGAUUUUCCAGCUGCUGAGAAAUAUGCAGCUUCCAAAUGGUGUCACCUAUCAUACGGGCACAUACCAAGACAGAUUAGGAAAGCUGCAAGAACAUCUACGUCAACUCUCAAUACUGUUUAGGAAACUGAGAUUGGUAUAUGACAAAUGCAAUGAAAACUGUGCAGGACUUGACCCCAUCCCCAUAGAGCAAUUAAUUCCUUAUGUGGAAGAGGAUGGUUUUAAGCAUGAAGACCGAGGAGCAGCCAGCCAACUUCUCUUUGCAAGUGAAGAGAGAAGGGAAAUCAUGGAAGUGAACAAGAAACUGAAACAGAAGAAUCAACAGCUGAAGCAAAUCAUGGAUCAAUUACGGAAUCUCAUUUGGGACAUAAAUGCAAUGUUAGCAAUGAGAAAUUGAAAUAUGUUUCCCCUUUUUCUAAUGAUGGCAGUUGAUUUUAUUUGCUUGGGAAAAAUAUAAGAACAUAUUCCUAUCCCACCCCCUGCUUUCUUAUCCCAGUAAUGCACAGUCUUUUGAAAUAGCCAAGACAAUGAAGAUGUUAAUAUGUAUAAAAAUGAGUGUAUAUAGUAUGUGUAAUUCAUUUGUUUUGUUUUGAUUAUGAAUGGUGAAAAAUUGAGACGUUUUAAAAAAUGAAUUAAUUCAAUAUAAUAUUAAUUCAUUAUAAACAUUUUUUAUUGUUCUUAUCCUUUAGCAGCACUCUGUUUUACCACAGAGGCUUACUUUCAAGGGACCCGCUGAACAGCUGUGUUGAAAGAUAAUUUAUCCUUUAUUUGCAACAAGAACUGACCUGGAAUGAUCCAUGCAGGUUGGGUUGGGCUGGGUUUUUGUUUUGAGUUUGCUCUCCUUGAUGGUGUGAAAGCUCCAUACACAUUUAACUGGGAGCAAGUGCUGUAAACCAAGGCAGUUGGGAGUCUGUUCAUCUGCAGGACCAUCCCAGUACCAAAGACUGGAAGGGUCUAAGACUUAAGUUUUAGGAGAAGGAGACUGGUUUUAUUCUCAGAGAUCACCUGUUAGGCCUUGAUCUCUGCAGCUCUUUUCCCUGAAUUCAUGGAAGUAGCACAUUGGUCUGUUGCAGCAAAAACAAGGGAGCCCUGUGUGGCACAUUAAAGCAAGGGAGGGUGAUGCAUACCCUCUAGAUGUCAGUGAACUGCAACUCCCAUGAUCCCUCAUAUUUGCCUCUGCUGGCUAGGGCUGAUAGGAGUUGCAGUCUAAGGGUCAAAGAUUACUCACUGUUGUGUUUAAGACUGAGAGUUAUUAGCCAUUCUCAGGCAUACGACAGACUGUGUAAAUACAAACUCUCUGUGGGGACCCCAAAGCUUUGGCUGAGACCACUGAACAAUGCAGAGUGAACAGGUAGGCCCUCUCUCUGUUGUGCAUCUGCCACUUCUGCAUCAUUUCCAGAUCAUCAGAGAACCCAGGAACAUCUCUCUUCACACACUGUUACCAUGACAUGCGAAUCUGACACUCCAGGUUGUUGAGGGAGGGACAACCCAGAGUUUGAGACCAUGUUUAGCGGUUGGGUUCAAACUCUAGUUAGGUCUUCCUCAGCAGCCCCAGGUGUCAGCACAGCACCAACUCUUGAAUGUUACUGCACUCUUCAGAAAUCCAGAAAGAAGCAAAUGGCAAGCUUGUAGGAAGCAACACCUUGGUUUCCUCUGGCGCAGCCCUGGCUAGCUAUAGGUUGUGAGUGUUCUUCCCUGAGAGGUGGUCUAGAAAUCAUGUUGGAUGGUUAGAUAAUUUUCCUUUUGCUUUUUUGGUGGGACAGCGUUCCUCUCAAAAGCAUGUGCCCAAAUCAUAGAUGAAUCAUAUCCAUGUUUAGUUGGUUAUUAAGGACCGCCGCCUUCAACUGUGCUUACUGUCUGGUAAAUUUGUGUGGGACAGCAAUCUUAGUUUAUAAGAGAUGCUUUGUUAUUUCUUGAAGUACUUUCUGGGGGAAAAGGUUGCGAAAGAGCUAUAGAAGUCUGAAAUGCCUUGGGCAUAAAAAGAAAAAGGAAAACCUGUGACCUAGUCUCUCUUAGCCGUUCCAGGCAUUCAAGGGUUAGUGGAGCUUUGUUUCUGAAGUCUCAGGCUACCAGAAAAAUAGCUUUUUAAUCAUGGUUAAAGGAAGACACUUGGAGUCUGUUCAAACUUAUAGUUGGCAGUUUCCUUCACCAUGGUUGUCUGCCCAUUCCCUCCUCCCUAUAGCCAGCGACUUGCAUGGAGUGGCCUUUUUCAUCCUUUGAACAUGACUGCUCCAUUUAGAUGCCUUUGAUAGACUUAUUGUCCAUGAAUUUAUUGUACCUGUAUUCAGUAGGCCCCUGGGUUUUGUGUUGGUGCCAUCACAGCCUGAGAAAUAAAACAAUGAGUCAAGGCAAAUGUCUUUCUUGUAACUGGGGAAUACUGGCAGCCAAAGUAUUUCUUGAGGAGUCCAAAAAAGAUUCUGGUGUGAGAGGGAAGAGGAUUCUUCCAUUUGCAACUAAAAUAUAUACAAAUAAAACUGUCUGGAAUGUA